UCCAUGGUUAACACUGAGCAGCGCCAGCAUGCUGAGCAUAUAUUCUUAUCAUUUAGGAAGUCAAAAUCACCGUUUGCAGUUUGCAAGCAUAUUUUGGAUUCCUCCUUUCUUAGAGACAUUUUCUUACAGGAAUAGUAGUACAGAGAUCUUCAUUUGAUACCAAACAGCUACCUAAGGAAAAGAGUUCUCUUGAAAACUUCUUUCUUCAUGCUUUGGAAGUAACAGUUGAAGAGAGGUGAGGAAAGUUUGUGACAAUUGUGAUCGGUGACUAGCUGCCACCUGCCUGAGGUGUCUUCUGAGAGGAACUAACCUCUUUGUGGUGCUAGAGCAAGGUCACUGGAUAAAAAAGGAACAGAAACAAGUAAAGUGGACUAUGUCCUCUUCCAAGCUGCCACAGCCAUCAUGGAGGCCGUGGUCCGAGAGUGGAUUCUGCUGGAGAAGGCCAGUAUCGAGUCCCUACGCACCUUCCUCCUGACCUACGUCCUGCAGAGGCCUCACCUCCAAAAGUAUGUUCGGGAACAGAUUCUAUUAGCAGUAGCAGUAAUUGUAAAACGAGGAUCAUUAGAUAAAUCAAUUGACUGCAAAAGCAUUUUUCAUGAAGUCAGCCAGUUGAUAAGUAGUGGCAACCCCACUGUGCAAACUUUGGCCUGUUCAAUUCUCACUGCACUGUUGAGUGAAUUCUCAAGUUCAAGUAAAACAAGCAAUAUUGGACUUAGUAUGGAGUUCCAUGGCAACUGCAAAAGAGUUUUCCAGGAGGAAGACCUCCGCCAGAUCUUCCUGCUGACGGUGGAGGUGCUGCGGAAUUUCAGCCUGCAGGAGCACCUCAGCGCCCAGAUGUCGUCCGUGUUCCAGCGCUACCUCGCCCUGGCCAACCACGUCCUCAGCUGGAACUUCCUGCCUCCAAACCUGGGCAGACAUUAUAUAGCCAUGUUUGAGUCCUCACAGAACGUGCUCCUGAAGCCAACGGAGUCCUGGCGGGAGGCCCUCCUGGACAGCAGGGUCAUGGAGCUGUUCUUUACCGUACAUCGAAAGAUCAGAGAGGAUUCUGACAUGGCCCAGGACUCGCUGCAGUGCCUUGCGCAGUUGGCGUCCCUGCACGGGCCUGUCUUCCCUGAUGAGGGCGCUCAGGUGGACUACCUCGCCCACUUCAUCGAGGGCCUGUUGGGCACCAUCAAUGGGAUCGAGAUAGAAGACUCUGAGGCUGUGGGCAUCUCCAGCAUCAUCAGCAACCUGAUCACCGUGUUCCCUCGCAACGUGCUGACUGCCAUCCCCCGAGAGCUGUUCUCGUCCUUCGUCAACUGCCUCACGCACCUCACCUGCUCUUUCGGGCGCAGCGCUGCACUGGAGGAAGUGCUGGACAAAGACGACAUGGUAUACAUGGAGGCGUACGACAGGCUGCUGGAAUCCUGGCUGACGCUAGUACAAGAUGACAAGCACUUCCAUAAAGGCUUUUUCACCCAGCACGCAGUCCAGGUGUUCAAUUCCUACAUUCAGUGCCAUCUCGCUGCGCCUGAUGGCACAAGGAAUCUGACUGCCAACGGAGUGGCCUCUCGCGAGGAAGAAGAGAUCAGUGAACUCCAGGAGGACGACCGAGACCAGUUUUCUGAUCAGCUAGCCAGUGUAGGAAUGCUAGGACGCAUUGCUGCAGAGCACUGUAUCCCUCUCCUGACAAGUCUGUUAGAGGAGAGAGUCACGCGGCUUCACGGGCAGCUCCAGCGGCAGCAGCAGCAGCUCCUCGCCUCGCCCACCUCAGGCUCCGCCGACAGCAAGACGCUGGACGACCUGUACGAGGACAUCCACUGGCUUAUUCUAGUUACAGGCUACCUCUUAGCUGAUGAUACUCAGGGAGAGACUCCGCUAAUACCUCCAGAAAUAAUGGAAUAUUCCAUUAAGCAUUCAUCUGAAGUUGACAUUAAUACAACACUUCAAAUUUUGGGAUCUCCAGGAGAAAAGGCUUCUUCCAUCCCAGGGUACAACAGAACAGAUUCUGUGAUUAGGCUGUUGUCUGCCAUCCUCAGAGUUUCAGAAGUUGAGUCUCGGGCAAUAAGGGCUGACCUCACACACCUGCUAAGCCCUCAGAUGGGCAAAGACAUUGUCUGGUUUCUAAAGCGCUGGGCAAAGACUUACCUCCUGGUGGAUGAGAAGCUGUACGAUCAGAUAAGCGUGCCGUUCAGCACAGCAUUUGGAGCAGACACAGAGGGCUCUCAGUGGAUUGUUGGCUACCUCUUACAGAAGGUCCUCAGCAACCUCUCGGUGUGUAGCAGCGAGCAGGGCCUCGCGGACGACACGGUUCAGCUGCUUGUCACGCUGGUGGAGAGAAGGGAGAGGGCAAACUUAGUCAUUCAGUGUGAAAACUGGUGGAACUUAGCCAAGCAGUUUGCAAGCCGAAGCCCACCUCUGAAUUUCUUGUCCAGUCCUGUGCAGAGGACGCUGAUGAAGGCGCUUGUCUUGGGAGGGUUUGCACACAUGGAUACAGAAACCAAGCAGCAGUACUGGACAGAGGUUCUUCAGCCACUUCAGCAGCGGUUCUUGAGAGUGAUAAACCAGGAGAACUUCCCACAGACAUGCCAGCAGGAGGAGGUGAAGCAGGAGAUCACGGCCACGCUGGAGGCCCUGUGCGGCAUUGCUGAAGCCACCCAGGUGGACAACGUGGCCAUCCUUUUUAACUUUCUUAUGGACUUCCUUACCAAUUGCAUUGGGUUGAUGGAAGUUUACAAAAACACGCCAGAGACAGUCAACCUCAUUAUAGAAGUUUUUGUUGAAGUUGCGCAUAAGCAGAUAUGCUAUCUUGGAGAGUCCAAAGCCAUGAACUUGUAUGAAGCCUGCCUCACUCUGCUGCAAGUGUAUUCAAAGAAUAACUUGGGGCGGCAGAGAAUCGAUGUCACAGCUGAGGAGGAGCAGUACCAGGACCUUCUCCUCAUCAUGGAGCUUCUGACCAACCUUCUGUCCAAAGAGUUCAUAGAUUUCAGUGACACAGAUGAAGUGUUCAGAGGCCAGGAGCCUGGGCCGGCAGCGAGCAGAUCUGUGUCGGCGGCCGACGUUGUGUUAUAUGGAGUGAACCUGAUCCUGCCCUUGAUGUCACAGGACCUCUUGAAGUUUCCAACUCUGUGUAAUCAAUACUACAAAUUAAUCACAUUUAUCUGUGAGAUUUUUCCUGAGAAAAUACCGCAGCUUCCUGAAGAUCUUUUUAAAAGUCUGAUGUACUCGCUGGAACUAGGAAUGACAUCAAUGAGUUCAGAGGUUUGCCAGCUGUGCCUGGAAGCCUUGACUCCAUUAGCUGAGCAGUGUGCAAAAGCCCAGGAAACCGACGCGCCCCUCUUCCUGGCCACACGGCACUUCCUCAAGCUGGUGUUUGAUAUGCUGGUUUUGCAGAAGCACAGCACGGAGAUGACCACCGCGGCCGGCGAGGCCUUCUACACGCUGGUGUGCCUGCAUCAGGCAGAGUACUCGGAACUGGUGGAAACACUGCUGUCGAGUCAGCAAGACCCAGUCAUUUACCAGAGGCUAGCUGAUGCCUUCAACAAGCUGACCGCGAGCAGCACACCCCCUGCGCUGGACCGGAAGCAGAAGAUGGCCUUCCUGAAGAGUUUAGAAGAGUUUAUGGCAAAUGUUGGUGGUCUCCUUUGUGUAAAAUAAACAACAAAGCUUUAUGCUGUACCAGACCCUUCCUGCGAAGUGCACUGAAUUGCUGAGAGUUGACUAGAGUCUUGUCCUGUUCAUCAAUCCCACGGCCGCUUGGACUCUGGAGAGCCUGCCAGCUCGGGGUGUGAUGCGGGGAGAGUCGGCUCGAAUCGGCUUCUGCUGUAGGCGUCAGCCGCCUUGUGGCGUAGGGCUUGUACUUUGUCAAAUGAAACUCAGUAUGUGUGCAAACACACGUGGGCACCAGGAAGUACAUCCCCAGUGCCUUUUCCCUCUUUGACAGAGCAUCAGGUGGCCGCCAGCGUCCAGUCUUGUCAUUACAGACAGCUGGAUGUCUGCUCAGCCACUGGCUGUUGACGGCACAUCACCGAGGAGUUGGUUGAAAGGGUGGACCCCGGGGCCCAGCCACGGACCCUCAGAGUUUGUUUGUUGGACCCUGGAUUCUUCAUUUUAACAAGCUCCUCUCCUCUGCCACCCCGCAGCUUUCAGUCAGUGCGGGAGACACUGAACGUUUCCAGCGAUGUGCCCCGCCCCACCUCCCCCGCCAGGCCCAGUCUGGUCCUUCCUUGGGAGGGGCAGGUGCUCCAACCAGAGAAGGGCACCAGGGUGGGUGUCGGUGGCCUCCCAUUGCCCCCUGUCUGCUGGGUCACGGCAGCCUGACCACUGCAGGUCCUGUGAACCUGCUCUGAUGCCUGAACCAGAGGAGGAAAAUGUGUGUCUAUUUUUGUUCCAUAAAAAUAACUUUAGGAACUGUAGCCAUUUCAUUGCCUUAAUUUUGAGAAGAAAUUACAAAAAGAAGCAGAUUGUUUUAGUAAGAAAUCAAGUCUUGACGCUUCAGAGUUGUGUGAGGGUGUUGGCUGCUAUGAACCCAGGGCCGGUUUGAUUGUGUUUUGUGGUUUUAUGGGUGAAAUGAAAGGCUCAUUCAUACCUAGUCUAACUUUCUGAGUACGUUUCUGUUUCUGUCCACCCUCGUGGCCCGUGGCUGUUACUCUGCUCUGAAUGGCUAGCUUAAGCAAUAACUCUUUUUAAGGAUGUGAAUUGCUGGUUCAUACACUUAAAACGUGGGGAUGUCAGAGCAGUAAUCACCCUCAUUUCACAGGAGCCGUGUGAAUUUAAGAGAUUAAAAAGUUCACCUUAGAUCUCCUUUGAUUUUUCUAAUCAGGAUUUGUGUGCUGCUGUCAUACUCCCCUGAGCUCUGUGUGCCAGCUCAGAUCACAGAAAGGAAAGCGAACUUAGGACCAGCAGGCGUGUGACCCGGGCCCCUGUGGGUCAGGACCCGCAGCAUGGUCACAGAGGAUGCGUGUGGUGCAGGGCCCUGCGCCCCGGUCAGUUACGGGCCCCCAGCCUGUGCAGCCACUGCCGGACACAGAGCAAAGCCUCAGCUUUUUGUGGAAUGUUCUCUUAUUUGAUCAUGGCUAUUUAACAACUGAGGUGGAGCAGAAACGUCUCAGAAGAUGUCUGAGGAAGCUGGUGUCCUCUUCCAGAAGUACACGUAUGACCACCUUCCUGAGAUACUUGGGACAGUGCAUUUACUUUUAGGGUUCUCUUUCCUUCCCUUAGAGAACUUGAAGUCAGAGGCAGCAGGAGUCACUCUAUUUUUGUUUGUGUUGUUCUGGUGUUUGAGUGUCCCAGUGCCCUCGGGACCAGCAGUUGUGAUCUAAAUACAUCCCUGUCCCUCUGCCUAAGGGCGCCAAGAUGCAGCCGACCGGGCCAUUCAGCUCUUGUGACAAGACUGUACUCAAGUUGUUAUUUAAAAAAGAAAGAUAAGUGGAAAGGACUGCCUUGGUAAACAACAGGGCAUCUGGACAGAGAUGUCUUUGCUAAAUUUGCCCAUAUUCUGUCACGAUUGUGUGUUUUCCUUACGAACCAUUCAGCUGAAAUGAGAGUUUCUUCAGCUUGGACCAAAUGGUACUGAAAGUAUCCUAAGACUGUGGGUUAGUGGCAGACUGGAAGGACGGGCCCCCACCAAGUCUGGGUGGUCGGAGCCAGGCUCUCUCCAGGCGUGUGUGUGUGUGUGUUCCUGGUUGGAUGCCUGUUCAGUUUGGGUGUUGUGUUUUACUUUGCUGUGUUUGCUGGCUUCCCAGUUUUGGAGGGUUCUGUUAUAAUGGUCUUGGCUGAGUGGGUGUCAAGAAGAACACUGGCUUAAUUCUAGUAAAUUGAUUUUUACUAUUAAAACUGACUUGUCAAAGGAGUUUUAAAAGCAAAAACAUUAUUUGUGCCCCUUUUUUAUACAUUCAAGGGACACCGUUGCGUAUUUGAGUUCCUACAUGAGUGUGUUUAUACUUUCUCUGGUUCACGGACAGCGGCCUUUCACCUCUGCUGUCAGCUCUUCCUUUCUCCGUUUUCUUUCCUUGGCCCUUCUGUCUCUGGAGGCGCAGCCCCCGCGGACUGUGGGAAGGACUGGUCAGCGUGCAGGUCCUGUGUGCAGUCCUGGGUGGCUGGCUGCCUGGGGCAUGCCUGACAGCGUCUUUUCAGCACAGUAAUUUGGGUCUUCAUGGGCUGGGAGAUCAUGGCAUAUUUCCUAACUUUGCAGUUUUUUUCAAACUAGUUUUAACAAUUUAGCCUUAUUUCCUUGAAGACAGUGUUUCUAACUAUAUUACAUUACUCUGUUCAGAGGAAGUGGUUACUACUUUUUUUUUUCCUUCACAGCUUGCAUUUCAAAACCAAACAUCUUUCCCCCAGUCAGCAUUACUUAACUUCCCUUACUGUCUUGGGCUGAAUUUUCUCUUCUACCAAAAAUGUCAAGUCUUUGUAUUUCUGAUAUGACCAUAUUCUCCAUGUCUGUUAAUACUUGUAAAAAUCCCUCAAGUACUGAAGGAAAUGAGUUGUCAAUUUCAAGGAUUUCAAGUUUGAGCAUCUUAAUCUGCAGGGUCUGUUGCACCCUUAAAAUGUUAUUUUCAUAAUUUUACAUGUUUCUGUUUGUCACCUCUGCUGUUAGAGGUGUUGUCCUUAGAUCUUAGUAAUUAGCUGUCUCUGACAAUGAUUCUUGUUAUAAGUUCCUGAAUAAAAUAUUACCUGUUCAGAAGAAGAAACCUCAGUACUUCUUAGGGGUUUUUCAUAACCAGAAAAUAAGGAACCAAUUUGGAUCUUGAGUUCUUAAUAUUAUAAUUUUCUGUAAAUUUCUCUGUAAAACAGCAUAGGUGAUUUGAGGAUAUAAUAAUAAUAAUGUUUUAAAUUAUUUUUAAAUGUAAGUGGAUAUUCUCUGACUUGGUAAUAACUAUGUUCUGAAAACACUGCAUCUAAGAAUUCUUUAAAAAUUGAUAAUUCUAAAAUUUUAAAAUAUCCAACUUAGGUAUAUUGCUGAGCUGAAAUUAGUUUGAAGUGCCGUAGUUCAAAUUGAACUUUAAACAUUUUAACUUAGAUGUAAGAAAUAUGACAUAUUCCUGAUCAGUUAUACUGGGAAUCCAUGCCAUUUAGCCAAAGACUGUAUUUGGUUCAGGUAAAGAUGAAAGCCUAACGAUGGGCAUCCACUGUGUCCUGCAGAGGAUGGAUAACGUGAUCUGUUUCUUGCCUCCAGCUCUGUGCACAUGAGUCUUUGUAAGGGUGGAUGCAUGGUGGCGGUGAGAUGUGGGCCGCUUGUUGGCCCCUGCAGCUCUCACCCCAAACCAUCUUUGUCCCGCUUGCCCUCUGUGAUCUGCCCUUCACCUGGUCCCAGAGUUCGCAGCAUUGGAGAGCUUUUGGCCUUGGGUUUUCUUUUCAGUCUGUGUUCUUAGGCUCUCAGCUGUUAGGAGCGGUCAGAAUGUACUGAUGGCUGACUGUCCCAGCUUGACAUUCAGCAGUGCAUCUGCGCUGUGUUACCUGAGAGGGGUGUGCCCACAGUGUCUCACGCCAGCCUGCCUGGUGUGGUGUCUUCUACCACGUAAGAUGGUGACAGAUUGCAAAUACUCGUAUUGUGAUUUCGUUCUCUGUACAAAGGAGAAAGCUCCAGGUAGUGAGCUUUUUGGCUUCAUUUCUGGUUUAAUGGUCACAAAAUGUUAGCACUGCUACCAUUCAGCAUGUGUAAAAUUUUUUAAAUUUAUAAAUAUUAAAAUUUUAAACUUA